AUGCAAUAAGAACCAACACAAUCAAAGCAAAAAAGAAAGAAAACUAAAUAACCCAAUAAAUCAGUCUAAUGGUCAGAGGAUACAAUUGAUAACGAAAAUGCAGGAAAAUUAAAAUUUAAUGUUUGUAGAGCACAGUUUACUCAUAAAUUAGAUGAAGAUGAGAAAUCUGACACAUGCACAAGUGAUGACGAGUCGAAUGCCAUAGAAAGGGACAAAAAAUCAAAGCAGAGACACAAAUUAAAAUGCUCUAAACUUAAGUUGAAGGAUAAUUCAUGA